AUGUCAGACUUUUGUUUUAGAGGUGAAAAUGUUGGUGGGAAUAGAGAUAGUGCUACUGGCACAAAGUGUGGGCGUUGGAAUCCCACAACUGAACAGGUUAAGGUUCUGACUCAACUGUUCAGUUCCGGACUCCGCACCCCAAGCACUAAUCAGAUUCAAAAGAUCUCUAAUCAGCUCAGUUUUUAUGGUCAGAUUGAGAGCAAAAAUGUGUUCUAUUGGUUUCAGAACCAUAAGGCCAGGGAAAGACAAAAGCGUCGCAAGGUUGAUAAGGAUGUGAAUUGUAGUGAAAACUCUAUCUCCAUCAAUUCUUUCACACAAACACAUUUUACACAGCUAUAUCACGUUUCUGAGCCCAAGAGAGUGAUUGAGACCCUUCAACUCUUCCCCUUGAACUCUUUUGGUGAGUCAGAAUCAAAGAACAAGAGGAUUCAUGGAAGUGACUGCGGGGAGAAUACCAUGUUUUCAUACACAGAGGAGGAACAAAUGGAUCAUCCACCAUUAGAUCUUUGCUUGAGUUUUAUGUGA